UAAAAUAUUUAUAUGGCAAAUUAUAUUGAUGAGAAUAGACUAAAAACAGAAGUACAUAGAGAGUUCAAAGAUAAUGAAGAAUAUAUAACAAAAGAAGGCAUAAACAAAAUAUAUCAAAUAAUAACAGAAAUCAUUAGAAAACAAGACAUAUUUACAGAGCUACCAGAAUCAAUAGAGCAUCUAGCGUAUAAUCUACUGUAUAUACAGAUAUAUAAUAGGAUUAUAUAUAGGAAUAUUAAUUAUAAUGGUAUUAUAUCUAUAAUUACUGACUGUAUAAAUCAUAUAGACAUAAUUAUAGAUAUAAUUAUGAGUGUAGCAGAAGGCUUAAAUAGUACACAUAAAAAACAAGCAUUUUAUAGAUUAAUGGGAAAUAAUCACAGAAUUAUGGUAUGUGCAUAUAAAUAUAGAAGUAUUUUCUAUGAUUCAUCCAUUAAUAUACUGUGUAAGAGUAUAAAUAUAUCAGAAUUAUAUGAAGAAAUAACUUCUGAAGAUGGCAUGGUUAAAUUAUGUGAGUUAACUAGCUCAGGAGACUGUUCUAGGUUACAGAAUGCAUUAAAUAUACUAAUGAAAUAUGGUGAUAACCUAACCACACCAGAUGAGUAUGGAAUAUAA